GCCAGUGUUCCUCCACAUGGGUGAGGAGGUGGAUGGGGUGGACAUGAGGGCAGAGGUCGGCCUGCUGAGUCGCAACAUCCUGGUGCGCGGCGAGAUGGAACCUGGUUGCUAUGGCAACGAGGCCUGCAAGUUCUUCGCCUUUGACACUUUUGGAGGACACGUGAAGGUGGAGCAUGGCUUUAAGUCUGUGCAUGUGUCCGGUGUAGAGCUGCAGCACAUGGGUCAACAGUCUAUGGGUCACUACCCUGUCCACUUCCAUAUGAAUGGAGACGUGGACCAGAAGGGAGGCUACGAUCCCCCCACCUCCGUCAGCGAUCUGUCCAUCCACCACACCUUCUCCCGCUGUGUCACUGUGCACGGCUCCAACGGCCUACUGGUAAAGGACGUGGUGGGCUAUGAUGCUCUGGGACAUUGUUUCUUCACUGAGGACGGUCCUGAGGAGAGGAACACUUUGACCACUGCCUGGGGCUGAUGAUCAGAGCUGGUA